GGUGAGAGGGACCAUGCCGGGCGCUUGGCUGUCGCUGCUGCUGGCGGGGGGCCUCGCCCUGAGCGCCCGCGGGGACCCCGCGGCCCUGCUGCGGCGCGACAACGAUGCCAGCGGGCGGUGUACCUACAGCUUCACGGUGGCCAGCCCCGGCGAGGUCAGCUGCCCCGAGGCUGGCAGCGUAGCCCAGCUGCGCGAGGAGCUGGCGGCGCUCGCCGCCCGUCUGAGCCGCCUGGAGGGAGCGGGGGGCGUGGGGGGCUCGGGGCCGAGGGGGGCUGAUGUGAGCGGCGCGUGGUCGCGAGGCCCUCAGCGAGCGGCCCCGGGGGGGUGCGAGGAGCUGCAGCGGGCCAAGGAGCGGCUGGAGGAGGAGAAGGGGAGGUUGGAGAGGGAGAAAGAGGAGCUGGGCCGGCGGCUGGAGAGCAGCGCCCAGGAGAUCACCCGCCUCAGGGCCGCACGCUGCCCCUCCGGCACAGGGGGGGUGCCCGGCCGUGACGCCCUGCGCUCUGCCAGCAAAGCCACCAGGUGGGAGCCGGAGCCCCUCGGCUACCAGGAGCUGAAGUCGGAGAGGACGGAGCUCCCUGCGUCCCGGCUGCUGGAGGAGACGGCGCUCGGCCGCCCGCGAGCCGAGGACUCGGGCUGCGGUGAGCUGGCGUGGGUGGGGGAGCCGGUGGUGCUGGGCCGGGCCGACACCAUCGCUGGCAAAUACGGGGUGUGGAUGAAGGACCCCGAGCCCGUGGCCCCCUUCACGCGGGAGACCACGUGGCGCGUGGACACGGUGGGCACGGAGGUGCGCCAGCUCUUCCAGUACGAGGCGGCCGAGCAGCUGGCCCGCGGCUACCCCGCCAAGGUGCACGUCCUGCCACGGCCCCUGGAGAGCACCGGGGCCGUCGUCUACCGUGGCGGGCUCUUCUUCCAGCCCCGCCGCUCCCGCGCUCUGGCCCGCUACGACCUGCGGGCUGAGGCCAUCUCUGCCGAGCGGGAGCUGCCCGGCGCUGGCUACCAUGGGCAGUACCCCUACUCGUGGGGCGGCUACACCGACAUCGACCUGGCGGUGGAUGAGACGGGGCUGUGGGUGGUGUACAGCACCGAGAAGGCCAAGGGAGCCAUCGUCCUCUCCAAGCUGGACCCUGAGACGCUGGAGAUCCGGCGCACCUGGGAGACCAACAUCCGCAAGCAGUCGGUGGCCAACUCCUUCAUCAUCUGCGGGACUCUGUACACUGUCAGCAGCUACUCUGCUCCCAAUGCCACCGUCAACUUUGCCUACGACACAGCCACCAGCACCAGCCGCAGCCUCAGCAUCCCCUUCGAGAACCGCUUCCGGUACCUCAGCAUGGUGGACUACAACCCGGCGGAGCGGCGGCUCUUCGCCUGGGACAGCUACAACAUGGUGGCCUACCCUGUGCGCCUCGCCCACGCCUGAGCGCCGCCCGGCCCCCGGCCUCCUGCUGAUGCCUCCCGCGAAGAAAUCCCAUUGUGCUCCAGGAAACAAAGCGCUUCUCCAGGGCUGAGCUGUGCCAGUGGAUGCGUCCCUGUAUGGCCCUUGUGGGUCUGAGUGGGUGCUGGUGGUUCCCAGCCCAGAGAUGGGAGCGGGCAGGGCUGGGAUGGGCAGGCUGCUGGCUGCCUUCCUGCUGGGGCACAGAGCGGGGCUGGUGAGGGGGCACCUUCAGCCGUGCUUGCCCUCCAUCGCCCAGGAGCCCCUGCGCUGCCCCUGUCCCAUCUGGCCUUGUCUCACUUCUCCUUGCCAGCAGCUCUCCCAUGCUGCUUGCAGAGCCAGCGAUUAUCACUAUUUAUUGUAGAAAGGCUGUAGGAGGCUUGCUACCCCCUCAGCUUGGGGGGGACGCCCCAAUAAACGCUGCAGUAUUAAAUGAGAACAAA